CAGAGCAGCCCAGUCACUCUCCUGGAGCCCAGGUUACCCCUUCCUCCUGCACACAACUCUUCAAAGACUGCCCAUGACAACGGACAUGAUGGAGAGCAACAACACCAAAGCCAGUGCUCCCCUGCUGGCCCAGCGGCACCAGCGCAUGGUGACCAAGGACGGGCACAGCACCCUGCAGAUGGACGGGGCGCGGGGAAAAGGCCUGGCCUAUCUGCGCGACGCCUGGGGAAUCCUCAUGGACAUGCGCUGGAGGUGGAUGAUGCUCGUCUUCUCCGCUUCCUUUGUCCUCCACUGGCUGGUCUUUGCAGUGCUCUGGUACCUGCUGGCUGAGAUGAACGGGGACCUGGAGCUGGACCACGAUGCUCCUCCUGACAACCACACUAUCUGUGUCAAGUACAUCACCAGUUUUACAGCCGCUUUCUCCUUCUCCCUGGAGACACAGCUCACCAUCGGCUACGGCACCAUGUUCCCCAGCGGGGACUGUCCCAGCGCCAUCGCACUGCUGGCAAUCCAGAUGGUCCUGGGGCUCAUGCUGGAAGCCUUCAUCACAGGUGCGUUUGUGGCCAAGAUUGCCCGCCCGAAGAACCGGGCGUUCUCCAUCCGCUUCACACGCUCUGCAGUGGUGACACACCCCGAGGGAAAGCCACACCUUAUGUUCCAGGUGGCCAACACUCUCCAGCCCCUGACCAGCGUCCAGAUCUCCGCUAUCCUGUACCAAGAGCAGGAGAACGGGCAGCUGCACCAAACGAGCAUCGACUUCCACCUCGACAGCAUUAGUGCGGCCGAGUGUCCUUUCUUCAUCUUCCCGCUGACCUACUACCAUUCCAUCUCUCCAUCCAGCCCGCUGGCUGCCCUCCUCCAGAGAGAAGCUCCUCACCACUUUGAGCUGGUCAUCUUCCUGUCAGCUGUGCAGGAGGGCACGGGAGAAACGUGCCAAAGGAGAACGUCCUACCUGCCCUCUGAGAUCCUGCUGUCCCACCGCUUUGCCCCCGUGCUGGCCCGCAAUGCCCAAGGCGAGUACCACAUCCAGAUGGAGAACUUUGACAAGACUAUGCCUGAGCUCCCGGCUGCAGUUGACUCCAAGAGCCCCAGGAGGACUGACAAGGAGAUCCGCAUCAACGGGCAGCACGCUGACAGCUUCCAGCUCUCCGAGACUGGCCUCACAGAAUAA